UAUAUCUUUGAUGGAAAAAAAAAAAUGAAAUAAACGUUUGAGCCAGGUCAAAAAUAAAAGGCCCAGCAGUAAUGGGUAGUCGGAGAAAUUGCGCAGAGAAAAAAAAUCCCAAACCAAAAAAAAAAAGGUUCUAAGAAUCUUCGGAACGAAACCAUUUCACCUACAAUCUCUCCGUCUCCUCUAUAAAUAUUUGCUUCUGAUUAGAAAUUAGAAACCCUUUCUUCCACAAUUCUUAGUAUCGAAUUUAUCUCUUUGGGUCCAUUUUUUUUUUCUUACUCCUCCGAUAAAUCUCACUCUCUUCUUCGUCCCUGAUUCUUCGUCUCUGAUUUUGAGAGUCGAAAUCAUCUUCCUCUCUCGUUAUCUUUCGCUAUUUUUCUUUCGGCGAAUCAGUAACCUAAUCUACCAGUUCCGUGUGAACAGAGAAAGAUUCUUUGAAGAAUCUUCUUAAUCCGAAAUUGAUGCUGCGAGAUUGAGUCGAGGUUUUGGUGAUUGAAUCGAGGUUUUGAGGGUUUUUUUAAUUUCUGCGGAGGAUAUCGAAUAAUUAGGUAUGCGAGUGGAAGGAGAUAACAUGGUGCCUCAGAGAAAUGAAACAGAUGAAGAAGUGGUACUUAAUACGGCGUCGUUUCAACAAGUCCAGCAACAGCAGAAGCAGAAACUCGUUAUUGGGUAUGCUUUGACAUCUAAGAAGAAGAAGAGUUUCUUGCAACCCAAGCUUGAGGUUCUUGCUAGGAAAAAAGGCAUUUCCUUUGUUUCCAUUGACCAGGACAAGCCACUCUCUGAACAAGGCCCAUUUGAUGUCGUUUUGCAUAAGUUGCUUGGAAAUGAGUGGCACGAUGUUAUUGAGGAUUACCAGCAAAAUCAUCCAGAAGUGACCGUGCUUGAUCCUCCAGGUGCAAUCCAGCGUAUAUAUAAUCGACAAUCAAUGCUCCAGGGUAUUGCAGAUUUAAAUCUUGCAGAAUGUGAUGGCAUGAUAUGUGUUCCAAAACAAAUGGUUGUCUUAAAAGAUACAACAUCUAGUGCUGACGAAGUUGAAGAAGCCGGUCUAAAAUUUCCACUAGUUGCAAAGCCACUUUUGGUCGAUGGAACUGCAAAGUCACAUCAGCUGUUCUUAGCCUAUGACCGUCUCUCGCUUGCAGAACUUGAACCACCUUUGGUUCUUCAAGAAUUUGUAAAUCAUGUUGUUGCUGCAGAGCUACCUCCAAAGCCUUUGCUCGAAAGGCUUGUGAGAGAAUUACGAAGCCGAUUGGGACUCAGGUUGUUUAACAUAGACAUGAUCAGAGAACAUGGGAGCAAAGAUGUGUUUUAUGUGAUUGACAUCAACUACUUUCCUGGCAAGGUAUGGAAAGAUGCCGGAUUACGAGCAGGUGUUCAUCGAUUUCUUCAUGAGCCUGGCGCAAACGAAGCAUGAUAAGAGAUAGUGUGAAAAGGUGGAAUAGAAUUGUGAAGGAGGUUAAAAGUGAUAUAAACUCUUGCGUUUCUGAAAUAUUAUUCUGUUGAGAUCAUAGCUAUGUACAGAAAAUAGCUUUUCCAUGAUAAAACAAGUUUUGAUUUAGUGAUCUCAUACAUCUGUUAUUUAAGUCCAUCUUUUCUGCAAAACUGAUUUUGACAUUCUUCUUUUACCAUCACAGUAUUGUUUCUUUUGCUCUCUG